CUUUUAAUAAUGCUCCAUUUCAUUUUGAUGAAACUCCGGAGGCGGGAGCCACAUUUAGUUUGGAGAAAGUGAUAUUCGAGAGAUGUUUGGCAUAAAACCAAAAUCCAUACAUAAUGUGGCCUGCGUUCAGCAUAAUAUAGACCUAUAUAUGAUCACACACCAAACAGCGUCUUAGGCUUUGGGGCGGUUUAUCUUGAACUUAUUAUUACCCUUUUCGCAUAUCCCCAAUUUUCUUCUUCUCUUUACCCAAUUUGGGAAAAUCGCAGGAAACCCUAGACUUUCAGUUUCUAGAUUAAGUGCGAUUCAGGUUUGAGUCAGGAUGCCGGCCACGGCGGGUAGGGUUCGCAUGCCGGCGAACAACCGGGUGCACAGCAGCGCAGCCUUACAGACUCACGGCAUAUGGCAGAGCGCAAUCGGGUACGAUCCGUAUGCUCCGACCAAUAAAGAUGAUAGCAAGAAAUCUUCAUCGUCGACGGCGGUUCAAGCUUCUAGUUCCGCCGAUCGCGACGCCGAUAAUGCUUACGAGAGCUUCCAGGGGUUGCUGGCUUUAGCGAAGAUCACCAAUUCGACCUCCGACCAGGCCCGCGGCGCGUGUAAGAGGUGCGGUAGGGUUGGGCAUCUGUACGUUCACUGCAGGAAUUUCUUGACUGUUAAGGAUCCUGCUACGAGCAAUGAUGUUGGUUUGAUGCUCCAGGAUGCGGUUGCGGGGAAAUUGAAGGGGGAGAGAUUGAAAAGAGGGGAGGAUGAAAGUAGUGAUGAGGAGGAGGAGGAGGAAGAAGAUAGCGAUAGUUCUGAUUCUGAUUAUGAUUCGGAAAUGGAGAGAAUUAUUGCUCAAAGAUCUAAGAAGUCUAGUGGGAAAUCCAAAGUCGGAUCCAGCCGGCGGAGGGAGGAUGGUGAGGAUAAGGAGAAAAGGGGAAGUUCGAAGAAGAGGAGGAGCGGGAGGAGGGAGGACAGUGAUUCAGAGGAUGAGGAUAAGAGGAGGAAGAGGAGAAAGGAGAAGCGGAGAAGGAAGCAUGAUGACGAGGAGUCUUCUGAUGAAGAGGAAGAACAGAGGAGGAGGAGGAGAAGGAAAAGUAGGAAGGAGAGGAGAAGGAGGAGGAGUCAUAGGUAUUCAUCUGAUGAGGAUUCCUCAGAUUCUUCACCUGAUGAUUCUGGGGAUAGACGACACAAGAGGAGGAGCCGGAAGACGGCCUCAACAUCUGAUUCUGAUGCCAGUGGUUCUGAUGAUCCUCGGGUUGGCCGGGAUAAGAAGAGGUCUGAGAAGAAGAGCCGGAAGAGCCGCCAUGAAGUUGAGGACUAGUUGAUUGGUUUGUGGAAGGUGACCCUGCUGUCUACUACUGCAAUAAUUGAUGGAUGUAUGCAAAACUUGUCAUUGUAGUUCCUUCUCAAAUUUGCUUCCUUUUUUUCCCCUGUGAUUUGUUGUUAAAUCAUGUCUGAACCUCCAUGUAAAACUAUAUGUUGAAUGCAUGAGAGCUAUUUUUAUUAUUUAUGGAUUUAAGUUUGUUAGUUUAGUUUGUAUAUUGAUGCAUGUUGGUUUUGCUCUUUAAUUUGGUACCAAUGCUAAUGGAAGAAAGCAUGUGAUUGUAGUUUAACCGUUGUAGUUAUAGUACAGUUUUGAAUCUUCGACUAAAACUAUCAUUGGAAGGGAAACGGACGCUGCGAGAUGCUAUUCAUCUAAUGACUACAUAUGUAUUUCAGUGAGCUCUAGGAUCACUGUCCUUAGUUUAUCUUUCCUCCUCUUCUAGCAGUGAAACAUUCUGUUUGCAGAGUCUCCUUUAGAUUUCUGUGCAUUGAACACAAGAUAGGUAUAAAGCUAGGAAUUUGAGCAAGAG